AGUGUAGCCCAUUAUAACCUAACAAAUAUUUAUUUAAAACUCAUAAUUACCAAUUAAUUCGUUACUAAUUACCUUAAUCCCUGUUAUGCAAUUGUAGUUUUCAAAAAAAGUGGGUUCUAAUCAAUUUAAUUUCUAAUAUAUAAGAAUGGAACAACACAAAUCAAUGAUUAAACUAUGUAGUUAAAAAAAAUCCCCAAUUACAGUUAAUAAUUUUGCGUAAAUGAGAAGCUCAUUAUCAAUUCUGUUGUUAUUUCCGGUUAUUUGACAUGGCGUCUCCCCAAAAUCCCGACGAGUACUACAUGGCGCUAUGCCUUUUAAUAAGUCAAGAUAGCCCUGACACUGAGACCAAAGUAGGCGCUUGUGUAGUUAACAGCGAAGGUAGUCUUCUCGGGAUAGGUUACAACGAUUUACCUACUGGUUGUUCAGGUCAGUUACCUAUGCUACAAAAAAAGCAUUGUAAGGACCACCCGCUAGAUCACAAACUUCUCUACAUGUGUCAUGCUGAACUUAAUGCAAUAGUUAACAGCAAGGGGUCUUUAAAAAAUGGUACUAUUUACUGUACGCUUUUUCCAUGUAAUGAAUGCGCGAAAUUGAUUAUUCAACAUGGUAUUAAAAAAAUUGUGUAUCUUGAUGACAAGUAUUUUGAUAGAGAUGCAUUCAUGGCCUCAAAGAGAAUGCUUGGCGUAGCUGGGGUCGAGUACAGACAAUUUAGUUCGAAAAGAACCAUUACGAUUGACUUCUCUAAAAAGUCGGUUUUUUCUUCGCCUCCAUAUUAGUUUUUAUACACCAUCUGCAAAUACUUUACUUUACACUUGUAAAACUAUAUAUAUUCUAAGUAUAUUCUAAAAUUAUAUACUAAUACCAAGCGACUAUUCAUGUUUGUGAUUUUUUUUGUCAACAUAUUUAAAAUUUUAUGAUGACAUCCCUGAUGUUAAAUUGAAAUGUUGGGCACCGGUUAACACUGCUGCCAAUAAUUCAUGAUUGCCAACCCAAAAAUUUGCUUCAACUAUUAAUAGUCACCUGGUAUUUAAAAAAGCUUUCAAAUAUAUAUUAAUAUAAAGA